AUGUCAAAGGAACUCAGACGCCUCCUCGCCGACCCCGCUUUCCUGAGAUCGAUUCAUAUCACGACGUCUACCACCAUCCCUGCCCCUCCGUCGUCAUCUGCCAGUGCCACCGCAGCCUCCCACGAAGACGCCAUCACCGGCGGCUCGAACCACCUUCUCCACCUCAUCCUUCUCGAGCUUGCGCCUGCCUUUGUCCACGUGGUGUCCCUGAAGGGCGACUUCUUGUACGUGGGUCCUAGCGUGCGCAGGGUCCUGGGGUACGAGCCCGAGGAGAUGGUCGGUACCUCGAUCUCGAAAUAUGCGCACCCCGAGGAUGUUGUCCCUCUCAUGCGCGAGCUCAAGGAGAGCAGUGCGAUGGGGACGGCGGUGCCGACUACGGCCAACGGGGAGUUUAGCCAUGCUGCACCACACUCCGCAGGCAAGCCCCGCUCGGUCGACCUGCUCUUCAGGGCAAAGACGAAGAUGGGCCGGUACGUGUGGGUCGAGUGCCGUGGGCGCCUGCACGUCGAGCCGGGAAAGGGCCGCAAGGCGAUCAUACUCAGCGGCCGGGCGCGGGAGAUGAUGAACCUCAAGUGGGAGGACGUCAAUCGGGCGGGCGGGCUGGCGAAAGGCGUCCGCGUUCGUGUCCCGCCGGCAGCGCUGCAGGUGCAGGAGGUGAAGCCCAAGGACGGCAAGCAGCACCAGCAGCAGGCGUGGCGCACGGUCGACCAGGAGGUGUGGGGUAUGCUGAGCGGCGAGGGCAAGGAGACGAUGGUGUUCGCGUCGGUAGGGAGGGGCGUCGAGGACGUGCUGGGGUGGACGGAGGCGGAGCUCCUGGGCCGCAGCGUGCUUGAGGUGGUGUUGGACGAGGGGGCGGCGAAUGUUAUUGGGGGAUUCGUCGCGACGAUGAGGGCGUACCAGAAGCAGCAGCGCCUGCCGUCCCUCCGCGCGCUGGGCCUCGCGGACGCGGGGAGAGUGAAGAAGGUCAGGGCGCCGUUGAGGAGGAAGGACGGCGGUGUGGCGGACGUGUGGUUCAUUGUGUAUCGUGCGGACCCGGACACGGAGGAGAACGAGGAGAGUGGGAGUGGGAGCGGGGGGAUGGUGGAUGAGAGGAGGGAGAGGGAGAUGACGAUCGCCCCGGCGCCGUUGGUGUACCAGAUCAGGCUGGUGGACGCUGCGACGGUCGUGGCGGGCGCGGACUCGGUGGUUUCGCUCCCGUCGAUGGCCAAGUCUGCUGCCAGUGCCUCACCCGCGAACCGUCCCUCCCCUUCCUCCUCUACCACCUCGUCGUCGUCGUCGUCGCUGGCGGGCGCGGUUCAGCCGUCGCCCCUAUCACCCAUUUCCCCAUCGUCGACGAUGGCCGCGUCUCCACCAUCAACGACAGCUGCGACUUCGUCGACUGCGACGACUAUGCCCUCGGUGGACAUGUUUGAAGAGCUGGCGAUUGCGAAAGGCUCGAGCUGGCAGUACGAGCUGCAGCAGCUAAGGUUCGCGAAUGUGAGGUUGCAGGAGGAGCUUUCGGCGCUCGAGGCGGCGGAGGCGGGCGGUGCAGGUGCAGGUGCAGGUGGUGCAGAGGCGAGCGUCUCUCCUCCACGCAGGGUGUCGGAUCCCCCACCGCCUGUCUCGACAGUGCAGCCGCAAGACAUGGAUAUGGGCAUCCCGUCGCCGCCGACGGGCUACUCACCGACGGGCUAUUCGUACGCCGAUGCAUCAUCGUCGUUCGCUGCGUACAUGGACCAAACCCUUCCCUCGCCGCAUCUAUUUAUGCAACGCGCUCCUCUGCCACCGCCCCAACAACAGCACCAGCAGCCACCAUUAUCACACCAAUAUCCCCCUCCUCCACUGCCCCCACCAACGACGACGGCCUACGCCCCUCAGCACCAACAAAUCCAGUCGCACUCGCAGUCGCCCUACUCCAUACAGGCCAUGCCCGGCGUCGCUCCUCUUCCAAGCCUACAGCGCCAACACCAGCUGCCAUUACCUCAACAACAACGGCGGCUCCCGCAGCGCGCUGUCCCUCCCCUUCCGCGGCACCAGCAUAGUAUGCCAAUGGCGCCGCUGCCGAUGGUGCAGCAGGAUUGGAACGGGGUGAUGACGACGGCGCCUCUCGGGUCGGUCUCGGGGUAUGUGGGUGUCAAUAGUGGAUCGGGGUUGAAGAGACCAUGGGAUGCUGUUGAGCCCUAA